CAUGCACGUGUAGUGGCAGUGCUGGAAUGUCUUGUGAGUCGUCACAUCCGUCAGAUGGGAGUGCAGGAAGUUGUCCAGCGCAAACUUUGGAGCUGUUGCUCGCGCAGUUGUCUCAGUCUAACCUGCCAUCACUAAUUACUCCCAAGUGUCAGAAAUGGGCGACUGGAACACGGCACGACUCUGUCUUCUGACCCCAGCCUGAUUUUUUUCUCCCUCCUACACAUGUGCGGUGGUUAGGAAGUGGUUAUAAUGUUUAUCCGCGGUUUGCCGCUGCUGUGUCUCUGCUUCUGGAGCUCGCAGUCACUUUACCGCGUCCCUCUGAAGAUGUUCAGCGGAAAGUUGGACUCGUCGGUGCUGCUGGAGCUCAGCGCUUUACAGAGGAACCAGAGCGCAUCUGGAAGCGGCCUGUCUCUGGCCUCAGAUCCUGCAGGAAACGUCAACUUCUUAAACAUGGUGGAUAAUUUAGAAGGAGACGCUGGUCGGGGUUAUUACUUACAGAUGGUUAUUGGGACGCCAGGUCAGACGCUGAAUAUCCUGGUGGACACUGGAAGCAGUAACUUUGCUGUAGCUGCUGCAUCACAUCCCUACAUCUCAACAUACUUCAAUAGAGCACUCUCCAGUACGUAUAAAGCGAGUGGCAAGUCUGUGUCAGUCAGAUACACUCAAGGUGACUGGCAGGGAGAGCUGGGCUCAGACUUCGUCACGAUCCCUCAAGGCCCCAACGGCACCAUUUUGAUUAACAUCGCUGCUAUCUUAACCUCGGACGGCUUCUUCCUCCCUGGCAUCAACUGGCAGGGCAUCCUGGGACUGGCGUACCCCUUACUAGCUCGGCCCGACCCAUCUGUGGAGCCCUUUUUCGACUCGUUAGUGAGGCAGACAGGCAUCCCAGAUGUUUUCUCUCUCCAGAUGUGCGGAGCAGGAAUCUCCGCCAGCACUGCCACCAACCCAGCAGAUGGGAGUUUGAUCAUGGGAGGACUCGAACCAACGCUGUACCGCGGCUCAAUGUGGUAUACGCCCAUCCUGCAAGAGUGGUACUACCAAGUGGAGGUCUUGAAACUGGAAGUUGGAGGCGAGAAUCUAAACCUGGACUGCAGAGAGUAUAAUUCAGAUAAAGCCAUUGUGGACAGUGGGACAACAUUACUGCGUCUUCCUGUGAAAGUGUUUGAUGCUGUCGUGGAGGCCAUCACACAAAUGUCAAUGAUCCAGGACUUCUCCUCCGGUUUCUUCUCUGGGACCAAGUUGGCGUGCUGGAUGAAAGGAGAGUCACCGUGGGGAUUCUUCCCUAAAAUCUCAAUCUACCUCAGAGCAACCAACACUAGCCAGUCAUUUCGCCUCACAAUUCUUCCACAGCUCUACAUCCAACUGGUCGCAGACGUGGAUGGCACACUGAACUGUUUCCGAUUUGGCAUCUCCUCCUCCACGAACGGGCUGGUGAUUGGCGCAACAGUCAUGGAAGGCUUCUAUGUGGCUUUCGACCGCGCCCACAAGCAGGUCGGCUUCGCCGUGAGCACUUGCGCCGAAAGUAACGGCAUUCCCGUGGCAGAGAUAACCGGUCCGUUCCUUGCUGACGGCGUGGCAUCGGGCUGUGCAGGCGGCCUUCGACUACAGGAGCCUUUGAUGUGGGUGGUGGCCUACACCCUGAUGGCACUGUGUGCACUGGUACUGCUCAUCCUCCUGGCACUGAUCGCUGUACCCUGCCGACGGCGUCAGCUGGACGGAGAAAUUACAGACGAGUCCUCGCUAGUACGCAAUCGCAUCAAAUGAUGCUGUGCCUAAAACUCAGCCCGAAAAAUAAGAAUGAUCAGGCCUCGGGCUGGGGACACAAGUGGAGGACACGCCCUUCUGACUGAAAUCAGGUUAUUGGUUAAUCGUUUAGCGUUAGAAGAUUGAACUGUUGAUUAGAAGAUUCAUAAGAGGACAAACCUCGCUCUGAAGCGAAUACUACUACUGAAAGAUGACAUGGGUUUGGGGUUCUGGAUUUUUCCACCAAAGAGCUGUUUUUGUUACAAUUUAUCAAACACUAAUGUAAAAGGUCACAUCAUUUGCCACUAAUAUGUUCCUGUUGGUUGUUGGUUAGGAGUGUAUGUGUGUCAUCAGUUUAAUGAAACAUAGGAGAGCAGCACGGUGGUGCAGAUUUGGUUGUAGCGUUGCUGCAUCACAGCUCCAGGGUGUUCAGUUCGAUCUUGAGCUCGGGUUACUGUCUGUGUGGAGUUUUACAUUUCUCCCCAAGUCUGUAUGCGUUUCCUUCCACCUCCCAAAAAAGAUGAUGGACUGGCAUCUUAUACAGGGUGUAUUCCCACCUCCCGCCCAGCGUUCCCGGGAUAGGCUCCGGAUCCACUGCGACCCCGACCAGGAUAAAGAACUUACUGAAGAUUAAUGAGUGAAACAUAGGAUCUCACAAUGAAGGAAGUGGUGUGUGAACAUUGUAUUCUAAAAUGUUUAUAUUUCAUCAAAGGAUUUGCCAUGAAAUUAAUUAAUCUCAGUUUUAAAUAAUGGUUAUUAAAUGAUAACUAAUUUAUUUUUAGUCGACUGUAGAUAAAACUCAAUAUAUUUCACACUAAAAAUCCAAAAAGCAGUUCCAUCAUAAAUCAGAAAUGACCGCAAAAUUCCAGAAGGUUGCAUCAGUGUAGAAGGAAACUGAAAUAAAUACAAGAUGAAUUGAUGCUAAAGAAGCUGACAUCAAAGUUAAGUUACUAUUUAAAUACACUAGGAGGACACUUAAUUGUUAAUAUGGUAAUGAUGAUGUUACUGAGACAGCAUAUGAAAUAUGAAAGGCACACAUUUUUAUUAGAAGAGCUCAAAAUGAAAGUUUUGUUAAGUCCUGUAAUGAUUUACCUCAUUUUCCCCCCUCUGUCUUUAGAUUUCAGUGAUCUUUGUAUUAUAUGAGUACUUGAUGGUCUGUGAUUGUUUGGCAAUGGAUUGUUAUAGCUUUUACUACAAUCAUACACUAUGCAAAUAUGAUAUGCAAACACUGUGUACAGUGCAAAAUGAGAAGAAUUCCAAUAAAAUUUUAAAGAAUGUUUAUUUUUUUCUACACAAAAUGUUAAUUAAAUAAAAGGAUGUGUAUAUGGUGCUAAUGCUUCUAAACAAUCAAAAAAAUGCCCUCACUCUGAGUAUUUUAGAUAUUGCAUGACUCUUAAUGACUAUUAACAGUAUAGUGAUUUUUUUUUUUUUUUUUGCAAUGCUAUAGCUAGUUCUAGGAGCUUUACAAAGUGGCAAACAUCAUUAAAAAAAAUAAAUUAGAAAUAAAUGGGUUCCUCAAAGGUUCUUUUGGUGGUUGAUGGUUCUAGGUAGGGAUGCACCUUUGUACAAUUCCAUGUUUUUGGUUUUCAUCAAUACUGAUACUGUAAUGAGUAACCUACAUAGUAUUUAAACAAUCUUUAACGAGGGGCAUCGUAGAACAUUUUAUUUAGCUCUUUUUGUGUCAGUUGUUGCCGUGUGGUCACCUUAUGCAUAGUUUUAUGUCUAAGAUGUUAUUGCGUUUAAACAGUAUCCUUAAUAGAGAGCGUCUCUGUGCUCAGUGCUCGCAGAACUGAAGUGCUGUCUCGUACAACACUUUGUCUGCAUCAAAAAUGCCUUUGUGUACGUGCAAUUCCCAGCACGCUGAGCACAUUUUUAAUGACUACGCUCACUGAUACUGCUCUGUGGACACCGGUUGGUCGUCCUCACACUCUCUAUUACACAUGCUGUUUAAACCUAAAUAAGAUGUUUCAUCAUUUUAAUAGUUCUUCACAGAGCACAGUUUGCAGUCUGCUUCGCUUUAAAUGUUAUUUGUGAAAUACUUCCAGACCACUGUAAUUUCCUGUCACCUGUUCAUUAGUGCAACAACAUACACUAGGCUUGUCACACAGUCUCAUUAGGUUUUGGUGCAUUUUUACAAGGACGAGUAAACGAGCACAUUAGCGGACUGGUAUCUGAUACCACUAUCUGUCUCGACGCAUCCCUGAUUCUUACGUUCAAAAAUGAUUCUACCCAAAACUUUUUCUGAAAGGGAAACUUUCUGUUGCAGGUUUCUACAAAGACUUUCAAGUGCCAAACCAAAGAAGCCUUCAGAGAUGCUAAGUGAAAGCUUUUCAGCUGUAGCAGAAAACCUCACGCCAUUCUGAUAAAGUGGCUACCAUUUUUCUCUGCUGGUUUUACAGAGAAAGGAAGGAAAAGGAGGAUAAGCUUAAAAACCCAGACCAGACUCAAUUAGGCCUUACAGGUAUGUGCUCUACGAGAGCUGAUUUUAUUAAUUCUUCAUUAAGAGCUGCAUUAUUGAAAAUGGUUUUCGUGCAGCUGUAAACAAUAUCUGUAGGCGUUACACAAAUUGUUGAAAUUGUCCAAACUAAAAUUUAAAGGGACACUCCAGCCAAAACAAAAAAAUGUAACCAAUACUACUGGUGUAAAAAUCUCUACUUAUGAAAUAAAUAAUAUCUAAGCAGAGAAGCAGAUCUUCC